AAUACAAAUAAAUUCUUCGACAAAAGCAAAUUUUGUCCAAGACUUUUAUUUUGAAAAUAUGGCAAUUUACUGAAAACAGGCGUGACCGAAUAUUGUUCCCUGCUUCACAUCGCGUUCGGUGUCUGCUGGGAGGACUGGGAACACAAGCAUCACUCCGCUGCCGGGGAAUCGGAAAGACGUGCCCUUUUUUUUUUCUUUUCUUUUUUUUUUUUUUUUACUCCAUCAAGGCGUUUAUUUUAUUUUCUGUAAUGAAGACGCCAGCCUGCGUCUAUUCGGAUACAUCCUAGGAAGUUCUCUGAGGAACGCAAGAUUACGCUGUAAAUGUAUCAAGAACCUGGAGCCAAGCAUGAAAAAGGCGACCAAGCCCACGGCCGCCACCUCCAGAACCUCAGCGGGCACUAAAGCCCCAGGCAGACCUGAGGGAGGCAGCAAUAUGGGCACAGGUGGCAAGAUGACGAACAAAACCCAGAGUUCAGCUCCACUGUCUAAGGCAAAGAGCAAUGAUGAUCUCCCAGCGGUGAGUGCAGGAAGUGGACCAGUAUCCGUUAGCAACAGUAACGCUACUGCUAGGAACAAGAGAGGAAGCUCCUCUCAAAACACCAGCAGCACUGAGACCAGGUCCAAGACCAAUUCAGGUCUUUCAGGAAGGCGUGCCUUGUCAUCCACAGCCAAGGAUCCAGGCACGACCCGAGAGAACUUGCGAGAACGUUCCAGAACUAGUGUUGCCAAAAAGCUUGCCGGACCCACUGAUGCCAUGCCUCAGAAGCGAUCGCGAUGCCGCACCGUAGCUGAGACUGAUUCUCGGAUGAGCAAAUCUCGCUCAGACAGCCAGAUAAGCCAUAAAGCAGUGCUGGAGUGCCAAGUGAAGGACCUGCUGGACUUAGCCAAGAGCAAAGACCUGGAGAUCCUUCAUCUCCGCUCUGAACUCAAAGGUAUGAAAGCCCAGCUUGGUCUGGAAGAACUUGAGGCCCCUGAUGCAGAACAAGCACCUCAAGAGACCAAGCAGCCUCAGGAGAAAGUGGUUUCUCCUGUGAUCAGUGCCACAGAUGUGGAGUCCACUCUGCUUCUCCUUCAAGACCAGAACCAGGGCAUCCUUGAUGAGCUAAAUAUGCUGAAGAGUGAAAACCGGAUGCUGAAGGAUCGUCUCAAUGCUCUCGGCUUCUCUCUGGAGCAUCGUCUAGACGGCCCUGACAAAGGUCUGCGCUGCCUGUCCUUUAAUCCUGAGCCUGUUUCUAGUGGAGGUCACAUCGAAAACAGCGGGGGUGGUAUGUGUGCAUCUUCUGCAGAAGGCUCUGCCCAAGGCUCUACUGAGGACCUGCUUUCAGAAACAAGACGUGUAGGCUCUUCUGAUGCACUGGACAGUGAGUGCAGCGAGGCCUACCAGCCGAUCACCUCCAGCGAUGAUGCUUUGGAUGCGCCCUCAGGUUGUGGAUCCUCUUCUGAAUCAGAAGGAGGGUCACCGAGCCGGGAACAUUCCCGCAGGGGCAGCAGCGGGAACACCAGUGAGGUUUCCGUGGCCUGCCUGACUGAGCGCAUCCAUCAAAUGGAAGAGAACCAGCACAGCACAGCAGAAGAACUCCAGGCCACUCUGCAGGAGCUUGCUGACCUGCAGCAGAUCACGCAAGAGCUGACCACAGAGAAUGAACGCCUGGGCGAGGAGCGUGCCAUUCUGGUCGACUCCCUCUGCCAACAAGGGGAGCGUCUGGAACUGUAUGGAAGACAGCUGGACUACUUCCGAGGCCUUCUUGACGAGCAUCGGGUGACCUACGCCAAGGAUGACGAAGAUGCCAAAAGCAGCCGAUACGUGGAGCUGGAAAGGCGCUACGCCGAGCUGAAUGAGGGCUCGCGAUUUGAGCGGGAGCAGCUGCUGGGCGUUCAGCAACAGCUAAGCAGUGCACUCAAGAUGGCAGAACACGAGAACGCAGAAGCCCAAGGCCUGAUGGCGGCAUUGAAGGAGCGUGUCCAUAUGGCGGAGAGAGCUGUGGAAAUGGAGCGGAGGGAACGGGCCAUUGCUAAAGCGGAGUUGGAAGCGCUGAGGGUUGUGUCCGAAGGGGAGCAGGUGGAGCUGAAUCGCUGCAGAAUCCAGCUUGAGCAAGAGAGGCAGAGAGUGGCCCAGCUCCUCUCCAUCCACAACGCAGGCGAUAAGACAGACAUACGCCACCUUCUGGACAGCGAGAGAUUAGACAAAGAGCGUGCAGAGGCCAAAGCAGCUCAGUUACAAGAGGAACUGGGGCACACGCGCAGCGAAGCUGCCCAGCUCCAGGAAGCAAUUAGCAAGCUUGAGGGUGAGUUCCGAGCGUUUCGUGACGACGUCCAGGCACAGCUAGCAGAGCAGAAGCGGCUCCUGGAGCAGCAGUGCUCUGAGCUGGAGGAGAAGGACACCGAGAUCGCUGACAUGAAGGAGACCAUCUUUGAGCUUGAGGAUGAAGUCGAGCAGCAUCGUGCUGUCAAGCUUCAUGAUAACCUCAUCAUUUCUGACCUGGAGAAUUCCAUCAAAAAGCUUCAUGAUCAGAAAUAUGACAUGGAGAAGGAGAUUAAGGUUCUUCACCGAAAAUUGCGGGAGGAAUCAGCCGAGUGGCGUCAGUUCCAAGCUGAUCUGCAAACAGCUGUGAUCAUUGCCAACGACAUCAAGACAGAAGCUCAGGAGGAGAUCGGAGACCUGCGGCGCCGCCUGCAGGAAGCUCAGGAGAAAAAUGAGAAGAUGAACAAAGAGCUGGAUGAACUAAAGAGCAGGAAACAGGAAGAGGAGCGUGGCCGUGUGUAUAAUUAUAUGAAUGCCGUAGAAAGAGACUUGGCUGCGCUGAGGCAGGGGAUGGGCCUGAGCCGACGUUCCUCCACUUCCUCUGAACCGUCACCCACUGUCAAAACACUCAUCAAGAGCUUCGACAGCGCCUCACAAGGUCCUGUUCCAGCCAGUCCUGUCGCUGCUGUUGCUGUUGUUGCUGCUGCUGCCGCCGCUAUUUCCAGAACGCCCCUCAGUCCCAGUCCCAUCAAAACCCCUCCAGCCGCUGCUGUCUCUCCUAUACAGAGGCACACCAUCAGCUCAGCCAAACCUCUGUCGUCAAUGCUGGACAAGAGACCAGCAGACCACCUCCUCCGGACCUCACCUGUAACACGCCCCAUCUGCAGCCUCCAGAGGGUGACAAACAAAGACUCAACUAAGUCUAUAUCAGUUUCUCGCAGAAACAGUGAAGAGUUAAAGAGAGACUUGUCGGUAACAGACGCAUCAACGCCAUCGUCAAUCAUCGCGCUAGGCUCGUCAUCUCCCCAGAUUUCUUUGCCAUCCAACUCCUCCUCCCCGACCGCCUCCGUCACGCCUACCAAACGAGGACGUUUACGAGAGGAACGGAAGGACCCUCUGUCUGCAUUAGCCAGGGAAUAUGGAGGAUCCAAGAGGAAUGCUCUGCUCAGGUGGUGCCAGAAGAAGACUGAGGGUUAUCAGAACAUUGACAUCACCAACUUCAGCAGCAGCUGGAAUGAUGGACUCGCUUUCUGUGCCAUACUUCACACCUAUCUGCCGGCACACAUCCCCUACCACGAACUCAACAACCAGGACAAGAGGCGAAAUUUCACUUUGGCCUUCCAGGCAGCAGAAAGUGUGGGAAUUAAAUCGACACUGGACAUUGGUGAAAUGGUGCACACAGAAAGACCCGACUGGCAGCGUGUCAUGACCUACGUGACGGCCAUCUAUAAGUAUUUUGAGACCUGAGAAUCUUCUUGAAUGGCUGCAGUCAUUUCACCUUCCUUGCUGCGGCCAAGAUGCUACAAAUUUCCCAGAUGCCUUACCUGCAAAUGGGGGACUUACCCACACAACUUACUGUUUUCCUCCAGUGUUUUCCCAGAAUCCUGUAUAGCUGCUGAAACAGGCCAGAUGCUACUAAGCUUCUCUGAACACCACUGCUUUUGAAGAGAAGUGGGAAGUCGGUGGGAUCAUGAGCCAGCAACUUCCUUUAAGAACAUUGCAACACUAUUUAAAGUGUAUUGUGCCAACCGAGCAACAAAAAUGUGUAUCUGUGAAUACGAUUGCCUUUGAAAGUUGCCUUGUUUUAUAGUUUUGUCAUAAGGAUAUAUCAGUAUUUAUUCAAAAGAGUGAUGCCACAACAGGCUUCACCCACAAAAAUGGCGUUUUUGUGUUUUCCUUAGCCUGAAUAAGCUUAAAUCUGUCUCGUUUGAUUUAUUUUAAAACAUUUUCUAAUAAAAAAGACAGGGCUCCUUAAAGGAACAGUUCACCCUAAAAUAAAAGUUUGCUGGCAGUUUACUCGCCCUCAGGCCAUCCAUGAUGUAGAUGAGGUUGUUUAUUCAUCAGAAAAGAUUUUGAGAAAUUUAGCAUUAAAUCACUUGCUCACCAGUGAAUACUCUGCAGUGAAUGGGUGCCGUCAGAAUGGGUUUGUUUCUUUAAAAAAGUAUUAGUUUCUUCAAACAUGCAUUGUUUUCUCUUCACAAGAUGUUAAUUGAAGGAUUACUUGUGGAUUAUUGUGAUGUUUUUAUCAGCUGUUUGGACUCUCAUUCUGACGGCACCCAUUCACUGCAGAGAAUCCAUUGGUGAGCAAGUGAUGUGAUGCUAAAUUUCUCCAAAUCUGUUCUGAUGAAGAAACAAGCUCAUCUACAGCUUUGAUAUCCUGAAGGUAAUUAAAUUUUCAUUUUUGGGUGAACUACUCCUUUAACAUUCAACUUAGUUUUGUUGAUAUCAAAAUGUUUUUUCUUUUUCAUACACUAAACAAACGCUAAUUAUGAAUCUAAUUUUCUAAUUUUUAAUGAAGCUGUUUGACCAGACAUGUUUUUUUUUUUUCCUCAAUGCUCAUUCCAGCUGAUCUUCCAUCACUAAAAAUGCUGCAGGACGUUUUUUCUGUUUGAAAUAUCAGCACAAAUGAAAUGCAUGGCUGUUUGUUUUCUGUUUUACAGGAUAUUUUUCAGCAUUUCAGUCCUUUUUGUCUACGCACUACUAAUCCUUAUUUGACACCUAAAGCCAGCUGGGUCCUGGAAGCUUGCUGAUUCAGAUUGAGUCUGUUUUAUGGGUGUAAAAGCACAAAUAAAAAAGGCUGAAUGUGUAUUCAAUGAUAUGAAAUGUGAAAUAAGAUGACUACAAUCCAUCCGCACUGACAGCUCAUGGUUAAAUCAUGCAUUGUACCUCUCCCAUUAUAUACUGUACGUCUGUCAAACAUAAGCCUCCGCACACAAAACCGAAGCCUUACAUGGAAAAGGAAAAGCCAGUAGCACAAUUGAUGUUUUAGAUGAACUUGCUCUGCUGUCUUCAAUGCACUGCUGUUUUAAUAUAUUUGUUUUGUUAAUCUGAGACCUCUCUGAAGGGUUCAAGUGGGUUGCAGCAAAAUUGUUCUGCUAAUCACAGCAGUUCAAAGUGAAUUUUAUGUCAAGGGCACGUCAUUUGUUGCAGAACUAUAAUUUAUUCCAUUUAAGCUACAGAGAGCUUUGUCGUGUUUUAAGUGAUAGAUUUUGUUUGACAGUCCUCUGUGGUGUAUUGGUUUGUUUAUAUGUGGAAAUGUCAUUGACACUGACAUUGAAUUACCUAGAAAAGGUCAGUAGUGACAAGGAGUAUUUUUGUUUGGAUCUUCUUGUGAGAUGUAGGUUGUGACCUAAUCGUGUAGAGUUUAAUAUGAAGAUUUUGAUUUGAACCAAAUCAUGUCAUAUACUGUGCUUUCCUUUAAAACUUGCCGUAAUUCAUAUUUGUAUAAAUCCUGUAAUGCCUUUUUGACACGACAAAUACUUUGUUUCACAAAGAAAGACUUCUAGAGCAAUGUACGACAUGUCAAGGGGAGGAUUUUGAAAAAAAUAAAGCAAGGUUUUGUGAGAACAA